CAAAAAGAUUCAAUGUCUUGAUGCUUCUCCUGUUUAAGGGUGCAAAGAAUAAAGUCUAUAGUGCAAUGAAAUGAAGUAAACAUGUCUUUACAUAGUAGCAGAAGCGUGUGUAUGGUGUGUUUUGCCUCUCAGCAAGUUUUUGUGAAUCUAAUGGGCAACACUUUUGUUCGUUAAUCAAAUCCAGAAAAGUGAAUAUGCCUGUCCUGGUGGCACCAUGGCUGAUAGAAUUGAAGCACUGCUCCGACGAUCUUUCUUCAGUACAUCCUUACGAUAUAGUGGAGAAACUAUGGCAGCUUAAUUAUAUAUCAAGAGAACUAUUGACUGAAUUUCGAAACAUUAUUCGGACAUCACAAAAAGAUACCAAGAUAUUUCAUAGGGAAGAGUCAAAAUCCGCAGUCCUUCUCAGACUGACAAAUGAAAUAACCAUGGAGCAGUUUCUUGAGGCCUUGUUUAAAGCAAAAUUUCAUGUUAUAGCCCUCAAAUUGAUGUCCAAGUUUCGACAGGGGAUACUUCGCUUUGUAGCUCGAAAAAUGGAGCCAGGGCCUGGAUUUAAACAGGCGCAAAAAAUAUAUCUCAACACCAAGGUCAAUACUCAUAAAAAUGUAUUUAAGGUUAACCCAACAGAAGCUUGUCGAGGUCUUUAUGAAUCAAAUAAACUACAAUUUGAAGAAUGGCAACAAAAACUUGAGACAGAAGAAGAUGAGGAGAUAAAAAUAAAACUUAAACAGAAUAUCAUGAAACAUGCAAACAUUUGUGUUUCCUGCUUGUUUGCAGCUCUAGAUGCAGAAAUUACUCGAUGGAAUACAGAUUUUGACUGGGAUGAACGCACAGGUUCCUCUUCCAAAAACGAACUAGUAAGGCUUUUUUGUCAACUAAAGGGGUACAUUAAAGAAACACCGAACCCGAAUAUUGCCGAAGUUGGUUUCUUUUCAAGGUUAGCAAUUGCUCAUGCGAUGACUGGCCAGCUAACAAAGGCAGAAGAAUAUAUCGAAACAGCGUUUACAUUGUCUUUUUCAAUACCAAGAUGUGCAGAACUUUACUUCAUGUACCAUAUGUUUGUGAUGAUUCUGUUAUUUAAAUACCAGAAGAACCAGUCGGGAAUAUUAUUGGGAAAGUUGGUUAUCAUUGCAGAAGAAGCACGAUCAAGCCUACAGCAAGAGAACGAUGAUUCUACAAGAUAUUUUUGGACGCGAAUGAUAAUUUUACGAAAAGUAUUUUGUUUACUAGGGCUUGCUAACAAUACGGAAUUGAUAAAAGGACGCAACCCAUCACAAGAACAAAUAGAUGAAGCAAAAGAAAUGCUAGUAGAAAUACGUGAUAUGGGUGAUAUGGAAUCUAGACGAGAAAUGUUCUUUUACACGGCAAAAGCAAGAAUUGCACAAUUAGAAGGUGAUCUUGGGAGUGCCAUUUUCUGUACAGAAUUGGCAAUCGAUUGUGAUCAGUACAAAUGCUUCGGCGAAACUGACCAAGUACAAAACUAUCUGGAACAAUUGAAAAACCUGGUGACCAAAGCUCAAUGCGAAAAUCAGCAAGAUAUUCGCAAUGAAAAUUAUAUUGGUACAAAGAAAUAUUUUGUUCAACAUUAUGCUGGUCAUUCAACAAUUAUUGAUGUCAAUAAACAUAACGAGAACACAACGCCAAAGAAAAUAGAAUAAAGUCAUUUUGCCCAACUGUCGUUAUUGCUAUUAUACUUUUGGAGUAUUUGUCAUAUAUCAUUUGUUUGUUUUACAUUGAUUGUUAGGGUGCUGUUUUUGGAAAUUUUAUUAAUUAACUGCGGAAAUGUUUCAGUAUUCGAUUUUUCUGAUUUUUUAACCGUUACAUUUUUAACAUAAAGAAUAAGGUUCUGUUUUAUGACUUGAUUUGAAUUUAUGAAAGUUCUCUGUCAUUACUGAAUUUAACGUCCUUAGAAAAUUAAACUAUAUUUAUUUAUAUACUGUC